AUGUCUAAGAUCUCUGUAUCCCUUUCUGAUGCAACUCAUCAUAUGUACUCCCGCCUCUAUAUUGCCUCCCCCCCCCCUCUUCCGGGUGCGCCAAACACUCCCGUCCCCCAACAUCUUAAAUACGCAGUAGGCAAGUACGAAGUCAUCGACCUCGAUCCUUUCGGCACCGCAUCUCCUUUCAUUGACGCUGCAGUACAGGCAGUCAGUGAUGGUGGUCUCCUCGCAGUAACCUGUACUGACGCGGGCGUAUGGGCCUCCGCUGGAUACUCUGAGAAAUGCUUCUCUCUGUACGGUGGCACCCCAGUUAAGGGAGAAUGGUGCCAUGAAGCGGGGGUAAGGCUAAUUCUUAACUCCAUUGCAAUGGCUGCGGCAAGAUAUGGGUACUGGAUGGAGCCACUGCUAUCCUUGAGCAUUGAUUUCUAUGCGAGGGUAUUUGUGCGUAUCAGGAAAGGUCCAGAAAUGGUGAAACGUCUAGCAAGUAAUAGCAUGGUAGUAUACAACUGCGACUCCGGAUGCGGAUCAUGGGUCGUCCAAAAACUCGGUAGAUCCAAAGAAGAGAAGAAUAAGUCUGGAACCGGUACUUUCAUGAAAUUCGGCCUCGCCCGUGCUCCUACAACAGACUCCAAUUGUGCGGAAUGCGGCUUCCCUAUGCACCUUGGAGGCCCUAUGUACGCUGGCCCUCUUCACUCUACUGCCUUUAUCAAACGGCUUCUCGUCUCACUGCCAUCGGCACCCCCUUCAAUCUAUGGUACCCUACCUCGUAUCACGGGAAUGCUCCAGACGGCUCUUCAGGAGUCCACGCCCGCCCUAGCGGCUUCCCCGUUUUUCUUUGCGACUACUCGCCUCGCAAAGACACUCCACUGCAUAGCGCCGCCUUUGGCUGCAUUCCGCGGGGCCCUUAAAGGGCUUGGGUAUGAAGUCUCGCGCAGCCACUGUAAGCCAACUAGCAUUAAGACGAAUGCGCCAUGGAAUGUGAUCUGGGAAGUAAUGAGGCGUUGGGUCGAGAAGAAACCCGUCAAAAUUGAGGCGUUUGGUGAUAAGCACGCAGCGUAUAAGAUUCUGAGGCUUGGCCGAGUUGAGGGUGAUGAGGGAACCGAAGAAGAGAAGAAGUUGAAGGAAUUGGAAGUGGUUUUUGACGAGAAACUUGGAGCUGAUGAGGAUAAAGCGUCGGGGCUGGUCAGAUACCAGGUUAACCCGACUGCACAUUGGGGUCCGAUGGCCAAGGCCAAGAAAGAGGAUAUGUCAAAGAGAGUGAUGGAAGAUGGUGAGGGCGAAGAAGUAGAGGGGAAAAGGGUCAGGAGGAGUGAGGCAAAUGCUUAG